AUGUCUUCUCUCCGUGACCUCCUUACCCAGGACGGCUUCCACCGCCACAGACCAACCAGUGCCGGCGAGUCCCGCCGCCGCGUCCGGCGGCCGUCGCCAUCCUCCAGGACCGAGUCGGCGGCGACGACGGUAGCCUCCUCAGACGCGCCGACGACCAGCUCCUUCCUCUGCCGGGACCGCAAGAGCGUCGACAUCUCCGCCGGCCGCCUCCGGCCCCAUGGCUCCCCCGCCGUCUCCUCCAGUAAAACCACCACCGGCUCCGCCAAAGGGUCCAACCUCCCUCCGCCCUCCUGCGGCGGCGACACUGCAGCGAUCUCCGUCCUCUCCGGCUUCGUCGGGCGGUUCUCCGAUGACCCAGCCUUCAGGCGGCGGAUCCACGAGAGGUGCUCCGUCUGCCUGGCGGCGCGCAGGAGGGACUCGGCCCACGCCGCCCUCGUCAACCUGGACAUGGCCAUCGCCACCGUCGAGAGGCUGGCGGAGAAGCAGGCCCACCGCCACCACCGCUCUCUGAGGAACUGCGCCAAAUUGCUGGACCUCGUCGCCUCCCUCAACUCCCCCAAGCUGAGGGCCGGCUGUUCCUGCGGUGUCCCCAACCUGCACCUCGCCGCCGUCGCCAACCUCUACCUCGCCGUCGUGCACAAGAUGCGCGGGGACGACGGCGGCGCCGCUGGGCACCUACUGCAGAUCUUCUGCGACGUGCCACACCUCGCGAGGAAGAGCCUCCUUCCCGAGCUCUGGGAGAACUUCUUCCUCCCCCACCUGGUCCAGCUCGAGGUCUGGUUCCACACAGAGAGGGAGGCCCUGCAGAGCGCCGCCGGGGGGGAGGGAGAACGGAGGAAGUGGCUCUACAGGGCGUACAGCGAUCAGAUGGACUUGGGCACCAUGCAGCUAGCUAUCCACUACAAGCAAUGCAUCCAGAGCGGAGAUUUAUCUUUGGCGGCGCCGCCAGUGCCGCUGCCGCCGGCGGCGGGGGCGGCGGCGGCAGCGGCAGCGGCGGGGAGUUACCACGCCGGGUCGGGGAAGAGAUCGGUCUCUGUGCCCCCGAGUUCACUCGCCCAGAACCCGUAUGUUGUACAUACGCUACUGCUGAUUCUGAUUCUACCCAAAAGUGGAUCCAAGCGAUUCGGAAUUCCUCACAUGUGGCCAUCUCUUUGUAGACAGGGGGACGUGGCAUUCCUUCGGACUCGAGCCGCUGUCGGGGAAUCUGAGCCUGCGCCUCGGAAGACGAACCCGUUUGGAUUCCUCUCAUGCCGAAGCGAUGCAAGCGGGGGCGACCUGAAACACGGGGUUCCAGGGAAAUCGAAUCCAAACGGAGGUCCCGCUUCCCGCAGGGCGACCCCGGAGAAGCCGCGCAGUUCUGGGAACUCGAUUCCCAGAGCCCCAUUGCUCGACCUCGAUCGGGCCAUCUCCUCCAUCUCCACCUCCAACAAUCUCGGAGAAUGCGAGCUCGCCGUGGGAGUGAUCUCCAAGGUGUGGAUCGAAUUCCAUGGCGACCCUGCCGUGGCGGCGGCGCUCUCCACGGCGCCGGUGGUGGAGGGGCUUCUGGAGGUGCUGUUCGCCUCCAACGACGAGGCGAUCUCGGAGCUCGCCAUGGCCGUUCUGGCGGAGCUGGUGGCGAGGAGCGAGGUCAACAGGAAGGUCGUUCUGCGCGCAGAUCCGCAGCUGGAGACCUUCCUCAAGCUCUUCAGGACGCGCGGCCUCUUCCUCAAGGCGGCCGUUCUCCUCUACCUGUUGAGGCCUAGGGCAAAGCAUAUGCCGUCGCCGGACUGGAUCCCCCUCGUUCUGAGGGUUCUGGAGCACGGCGAACAGCGGCAGAAGUUAUUUUCUGUUCAGUACCGCCCCAGCUCGGCGGCGUUCUACUUCCUCGACCAGCUCCUCCGGGGUUUCGAUGUCGAUCGAAACACCGAGAACGCGAAGCAGGUCGUGGCGCUGGGGGGAUUAGGGAUGCUGCUGCGAAGGUUCGAGGAAGGGGAUGAUCGCCAGAUGUACAGCGCAACGCACCUCCUGGUGACCUGCGUUAGGGCAGAGGAGAGCUGCAUGGAGUUCCUGGCGGAGAGGAUGAAGAAGGCUUCGGUGAUGGAGCUCCUGACCGGGAACCGUGCGAAGUCCAGGGAGUGUGCUCUGUCCUUGCUGGUAGAGCUCAUCUCCCUCUGUAGGUACGUCCUUUGCCGGCACUCCCUCUCGUCUAGGUCGCUUCAUUCUUGAAAUACAGAAGUAAUGGGUGGUGAUUAACCAGGAGGACACAAGUGAGAUCGUUCCUGGAUGAUCUGAAGAACGAGGGCUGCUUGAACGCGAUGCACAUCUUGCUGGUGUAUCUUCAACAAGCGCCGGCGGAGCAGCGGCCCCUGGCAGCAGCCAUCCUCCUGCAGAUCGAUCUCCUGGUAACAAAUACCCUUCUGAAUCUGAUCGCAUUAGCCUUGCGUGACGACUGCUUAGAACCCGAGCAAGGACGAGGAAACGUCUUCUGAUCCUUGUAGAGCUUCUGGAAAUGCUCGAUCAUGUCGCAGGGAGAUCCGCUGCAGUACAGCGUCCACAGAGAAGAAGCCAUCGACGCCCUCGUAGAAGCCAUGGACCGCAGCUCGAGAAGGAAGGUCCAGGAAAGCUGCAGCAGAGCACUGUGCCUUCUCUGUGGCCGGUUCUCCAGAAACGGGGAAGCUUCCAUGGAGGCAUGGCUGCUCAGAAAAGCUGGUCUCGAUAACCCCUCCGCGGACUCCUCCGGUGGGAAAGAGGUCAUGGCGGAUGAAAUCACAAGCCUGGUAUGCUCCCUUUCUUCAUCGUUCGCUCCACCUGCUUCUGGUUGAUCUUUGAUCGGACCCGGCGGCUUCCUCCCCCAUCGAGUUUUUCACACGAUUCGUUUCAAAAAUCUUACUGUCAUCAUCUUCUUCUUCUCCGAAGAACUGAGCCCGACGACGUCGGAUUUCAACGCGCAGGACGAAGAGGAAGCUGCCAUGGAAGACUGGCGAAGAAGGUUCAGCAGCAUCUUGCUUCACAGGGGGAGCGAGAGAUUCUCAGCCUCUCUCUCCAAUUGUCUGGCGCAUGGAAUCCCAUCCUUGGCAAGAUCCUCUCUCUCAAUGGUGGCGUGGAUGAGCAUCUCGGUUUCGCCGUCGCCCGGCAGGGGGGCCCUCUGGGCCUCGGCAUGGUCGCCUCUGAUACCCAGCUUGCUGGACUGCCUGAGCUGCGAUCGAGCCGUCGAAGAAAGGGUUCUGGCUGCCUUCUCCCUCCGAAACCUCACCAGAAACUCAGGUACGGACUCCACCCAGAAUAAUAGGCGUUGACCACGACUGCCCAAGGAUCGAACAACCUCGACUAUCGGAGUCAACGACGAGCUUCUUCUCACUGAUCUCCCCCCUCUGUUUCUCGCAGAAUGCCUCCCAAAGCUUCUGCCUUUGGACCGGCAAUCUGUUUCCCUGCUGCAUGAUCUCGCGGAGGUGACCUGGACUGCGAGAGAAAUCAUCCUGGCUGCUGCAGCUGAUCCAAUAACGAGGCCGACGAAUGUAAGAAGAACCUAAACGCAGCAGGAUCCGACGUACGAGCAGAGUCCUUGCCUCCAGUCAUGAUGGACACUGUGAUCCACUCAGACGGCGACUUGUGCUUGGUGAUCACCCCCUAUUGA